UGAGUCAGGCGGUUCUCAGUUCAUCACCAGCGUGCGGUUGCAAUUUAAUUUAUUUCGUUUUUUCUAUUAAAAGUCAUAAAAAACACACAGCAAAAUGUCGACCAUGGCAAGUCCUUUAUCCAUUGCGGGCACGCGGCAGUCUGGAGCGCCGGUGCGCACACAGAAUGUCAUGGCAGCUCUGUCCAUAUCCAACAUCGUGAAGAGCUCCCUGGGGCCGGUUGGCCUGGACAAAAUGCUGGUGGACGACAUCGGUGAUGUCACGGUGACCAACGAUGGAGCCACCAUUUUGCGUUUGCUCGAGGUGGAGCACCCAGCAGCCAAGGUUUUGGUUGAGCUGGCGCAGCUGCAGGACGAGGAGGUCGGAGAUGGCACCACAUCUGUGGUCAUUUUGGCCGCCGAACUGCUGAAGAAUGCCGACGAGUUGGUCAAGCAAAAGAUCCAUCCCACUUCGAUCAUCUCCGGCUACCGCAUUGCCUGCAAGGAGGCAUGCAAGUACAUCUCGGAGCAUCUGACUGCCCCCGUGGACGAGUUGAGUCGCGACACCCUGAUCAACAUUGCCAAGACCUCGAUGAGCUCCAAGAUUAUUGGCGCUGAUGCCGAUUUCUUCUCCACCAUGGUUGUGGAUGCCGCUCAUUCCGUCAAGAUUACAGAUCCCAGGGGCCAGACCGCCUACUCGAUCAAGGCCAUCAAUGUGCUGAAGGCCCACGGAAAGUCGGCCCGUGAAUCUGUGCUGAUCCCUGGAUACGCACUCAAUUGCACCAUUGCCUCCCAGCAGAUGCCGAAGAAGAUUGUCAAUGCAAAGAUUGCCUGCUUGGACUUUUCGCUGCAGAAGACCAAGAUGAAGAUGGGUGUGCAGGUGCUGAUCAACGAUCCCGACAAGCUGGAGGCCAUUCGUGCGCGUGAGUUGGACAUCACCAAGGAGCGCAUCAACAUGAUUCUGGGCACUGGUGUCAACGUGGUCCUGGUCAGCGGUGGCGUCGAUGAUCUCUGCAUGAAGUAUUUCGUUGAGGCCGGAGCCAUGGCUGUGCGCCGCGUGAAGAAGAGUGAUCUGAAGAUCAUUGCAAAGGCCACUGGAGCCGCCUUCCUUACCUCUCUGACGAAUAUGGAUGGUGAGGAGAGCUUCGAUGCCUCCAUGGUGGGUGAAGCCGCCGAAAUCGCACAGGAGCGUAUCUGCGAUGAUGAGCUCAUCCUGAUCAAGGGCACAAAGGCGCGUGCUGCCGCUUCCAUCAUUCUCCGUGGUCCCAAUGACUUCUACUGUGAUGAGAUGGAGCGUUCUGUUCACGAUGCCCUGUGCGUUGUGAAGCGCGUGCUGGAGAGCAAAAAAGUUGUUGCUGGCGGCGGCUGCGUGGAGGCCGCUCUGUCCAUCUACCUGGAGAACUUCGCCACAUCGAUUGCCUCCCGCGAGCAGCUGGCCAUUGCCGAGUUCGCCAAAUCGCUGUUGGUCAUUCCCAAGACACUGUCCGUGAAUGCGGCCAAGGAUGCCACGGAUCUGGUGGCCAAGCUGCGCUCCUACCACAACUCCAGUCAGACCAAGCCCGAGCACGCUGAGCUCAAGUGGACCGGCCUGGAUUUGAUCGAGGGCGUGGUCAGGGACAACAAGAAGGCUGGCGUCCUGGAGCCCGCCAUGUCGAAGAUCAAAUCGCUGAAGUUUGCCACUGAGGCAGCCAUCACCAUUUUGCGCAUUGACGACAUGAUCAAGCUGAAUCCGGAGGACAAGAGCGGCAAGAGCUAUGCCGAUGCCUGUGCCGCCGGCGAGCUGGAUGGCUAAGGCGUACGCACUUAUGACACUUCUACUGUUUUUAGGCAUUUAAUUUUAAUCAAAACACAACACAACCCCACGCAACGCCACUCACUUUCAAUUGUCGCCCCCCACAUUUCCCAUUUCAUGUAAUAACAAUUGAAUUGUUUUGCUAAUUGCGAUUUGUAUUAACACCGCACAUCUGUAAUCUGUAAUCCCUUCUCAUUCACGCUUCAAGGCAAGGCAUAAUAAAUGAAACUUCAGGAUAUGCUGAGGCGCCAACUAAACUGGA